GAGCCUCUUACAACCGAACAUGGCGGACUUUGAUACGAUCUAUGAGUUAGACGAGGAAGAUGAACGUGUAGUGAGUGAAGAACACCUUGUAAGAUAUUGCCCAGAACCUGUGAUUAUGCGAGGGGCCGGGCACAUCACUGUGUAAGCAAUUCAAUGCUACUGUUAGCGCUGUCAUCAUAAUCCGUUAUGUUGUCCUGCCUCAUAAACUAGCUUGCUAGCUAGCUAGCCUGCUAACAACAAUGAAAUAUGAAGUACAACUUACUAGCUAGGGCAGUGGCAAUAACGGUCAGUUAGCUGUCUGGUCCUGUCGUAGGACAAAACUGUUACCUUUGCCUUCAUUGACGAGGCUAGGGUUAUCUAUUGCGUACCUGCUAUUCCUGCUUUAUAGUUUACUAGCUAGCUAACGUUAGCAACACUGGUUUCCUGCUAACUAGCCUGACAUGAGAAGGCAUCUGCUAUAACAAAAAUGACAAGCCAGCAAACUAACAUUAAUUGCAUGACAUUCAAUAAGUAGCUAUAGCUAGCUACUGUAGUGAAUAUUUUGACAGCAGCUGACUUAUUCAAAUGGUGGUGAUGAAUCAAGCAUAUUACUUCAAGCAAGCUUGCUAGCUACCAUCCGUAGCCUAACAGUCUGUUUACUGGUUUAUAGUUCUCUGCUUACCAGCAAUGGACACAACACCUAUUACCUUUCCAAAUGAUGACAUAAUAAUAGUUACAUAUACUUCCUCUAGUGUCCACAACUGCAUUAUUCAUAUGAUGUAUCCUUGUCAUCCAAUUGAAUUGUCUCGACAGGGGAAGCUAUUCACAUAAUGAAACAAAUGACAGGUUAUUCAGGACAUUCAUUUGUUUAUUUCUGCUGUCUGUAGACAUUGUAAAGUGUUAGGCACAAGGUCUACAUUUUUAUAGGUAUGUAUUUGUUGAGGGUACAAAGUGUCUAAUUCCAUCCCCAUAAAAAAACAUUGCUAGGUUUCCCUUAUGACAGCCCACAGUCAUGGUGAAGUACUUUAUACAUGUUCAAUGGAACGUUUUUCAUUAAUUUACCAUUUGUAUUUUUCUUUUUGACAGGUUUGGAUUGAGCAACAAAUUUGACACCGAGUUUCCCUCAGUUCUCACGGGAAAGGUACAGUAGCCCAAUUCAUUAGUAUCUUCUUAUGCACUUUACCAAAGCAAUGUCUUGUGCUAGGCUUUCCAACUGAUUUAAACUGGUGUGUGAAUCAAGCAAUUUAAGCUAUUAUGGUGGCUCUAUUGUUCUAUUUGCCCUUUGACAAAUCAGACCAUCCCUGAAUUACCUCUUUCAAGUCUCUUGAGUGGCUUCUAUCUGAUGCUGAUGCAUUUCAAGCAACACACCACAGUGCGUCCAAAGCUGAAGUGAAGCUCUGUCAAUGAGUAAGCUGUCUUUGGAGCCCAGUUGGUCAGGGGCACAGUGUUUGGGAGGACACAGCUCCAGGUGAUAAAAUAAUGGAAUAAAGACUGUGCCAUACACAAGAAAGGGCAGCUUCCUGGGUCGGACGCUGCAACACAAAAAGGCUGAAGGGGUAAGAGCAGGCCGAGGGAAGUGCAGGGCAAUAAAAAGUCCCUCCAGUAUUGUGAUGUGAUGGAAGAGGUCACAAUUAUGAUGAUUGAAGGGUGCAGAUCAGCAGGCCCUUAUUCUAAGGUCUUUUGCUGUUUGCAAAGAGACCUUUGCAUCCUGUCAUAAAAUAUUACGACCCCGGUUUUAUGGCGUACAGACCCAGAGAGGAAUGAGCAUCCAUUCAUGUUGUUUGGACGGCCACUGCCACAGGCACUGAGCUUAUCUCUCCCUUUAGUCCCUCUCUGCCGUGAAUAGACAAGAGCUUGGUUAGCAAGUUACAGCCGUACUAGUGAGAGAUCUCAUCUGAUCUCUGGAAAGCAUCUCCAAAUAUCUAGGCCACCUGUUUGUUUUCUAAGCCUCUUUGAUUCUACUGACUACAGUACAGGUUUUUCUUUAAACAAUUGGUGCCAUUUUUCACUUCAGUCAGUACACUAGACCAGAGCAAGUGAAUGGUUGCAGUUCUCAUACUUUCCCUUUCAGAUGUUUGUUUUUGCUUACUGCUGCAGAUGAAAAACUAUUUUAAGCGCAAAAUGUUUGAUAAUAAUUAAGAAUCUGAUUUGUCACAGAGAGAGAAUUACCAAUAAUAAAGUAAAAGCUACAUAAAUUACAACCACAUUCUUUCCUCUCUCUGACUUCCUGUCCAUUUCUUCCUCCCUUCUCCCCCUUCUUUUCCAGGUGGCUCCAGAGGAGUUUAAAACCAGCAUCAGCAGAGUGAACGCUUGCUUGAAGAAGACGUUGCCUGUCAAUGUGAAGUGGCUUCUUUGCGGCUGCCUGUGCUGUUGCUGUACGGUGGGCUUCAGUCUGUGGCCCGUUAUAUGCCUCAACAAGAGAGUAAGUCUCAAUCAGCUCUCGCGUGAUGUGUGCUGCACAGUCCCACUCUACCUAAAUCAGCACGUCCACUCAUUACUCAUGGACUAGUUUAGCAAUCAACCGUAUUGGUCUUAAGCGGGGAACCUGUGUGCAAUUAGGGUCUGUGUAUAAAAAUGAUACAUUGCACCACUGGAGGCCAGUCCAGCUGAAGGGUACAACACUGAAAGGUGGUGCCCCAACCCAGUGUUAUUGACAACAAAGUGGAAAUUACAAGCUGGUAAAAGUAGGAGUUCAGUCCACGAAUGGAUCUUUGUCAUAAUACUGAGGUUGCGGUUGUCAUUUGUAAAAGAGUGUGAAGUCGAGGUCAUUACUAGAAAAUAUUUGAAUAUUGCAUGUGCAUAUGUGCUCUUUUCCCAACAGGCGAGAAUAUCUAUUCAGAAGUUGUUAGAAUGGGAAAACAACCAAUUAUAUCACAAGGUAAGAACAAAUUGCAUAUUAGAACCUGUCUGAAAGACCAAGUUAUGUCAGUUGUGAAGGGUUGAGCGAUGUUAAAGUAGCAGGUUUCUGAUGGAUAAUGGUCUUUAACUCAUUAUGUAAACUUUAACCCUUAAAAACGAAUUUACCUCAAAGCUAUUUUUGUCUGAUCUGUGAUCUAGUGGACAGGGGCUGACCAGACCUAAAGGUCAGCAGUAAAAGCCAUGUUAAUUUAGUUUUGUCUGGGAACAAUGAGUGACAGCUAGUAACUGAGAAUAAUAAUGGAAGCUCUUCAGGGUGUCUGGCCACUACCUGACCCCAACCAGACAUGGUUUGAAGCGUUCCUAAAUUCCCCUCACACUCAGAUUUCCUAACCAGACGGGAUGUGGGUGUCUGUGCGUGUGUGUGCGGUGCUAUGUCUGUCCUCACUUUCACCUCUUCUCUUUAGCUGGGCCUGCACUGGAAACUCAGCAAAAGGAAAUGUGAAAGUAGCAAUAUGAUGGAAUACGUAAGUAUAACGCAUUCAUGCUCCCCUAAAACAGAAUAUGAUUCUUGCCAAUUUAUUGAGUGUUACAAACUCAAAUCACAACAGAGCCUAAAUAUAUGG